UAGACCACAGAUUUAGACGAUCCGGCGAUCAGACCAAACUGUCCGAGUGAUGAUAUCGUCGAUCAGACCAAACUGUCCGAGUGAUGAUAUCAUCGAUCGGCACAGGGCCGGUGGAGCACGCAGUACACCCGGUGUGUUAGCCUGGACGGAGAGGGGAUGAAUCUUACAACUCAGAGAUAACUUUAAAAGAGACAAGAUGACGGACUACGCCGAGGAACAGAGGAACGAGCUGGAGGCGAUAGAGGCCAUCUAUCCAGACUCAUAUACAGUUCUUUCAGAUAAUCCCACCAGCUUCACCAUCACUGUGACGUCAGACGCAGGAGAAAACGGAGAGAUCGUGGAAACAACGUUAAAAUUCACGUACGUAGAGAGCUAUCCAGACGAGGCUCCGCUGUGGGAGAUUUACUCUCAGGAGAACCUGGAAGACGGGGAUGUGGAGGAGAUCCUCACCUUACUGCAGCAGCAGGCGGAGGAGAACCUGGGCAUGGUGAUGAUCUUCACGCUGGUCACGGCCGUCCAGGAGAAACUCAACGAGAUCGUGGACGCCAUGAAAAACAGACGAGAAGAAGAGAAGCAACGGAAAGAGAGAGAGGCGGAGGAGGCAGAGAAGGUAGCGUUUCAGGGCACCGUGGUCACCAUCGAGAACUUCCUGGCGUGGAAAGCAAAGUUUGAGGUGGAGGUUGCAGAGGUGAGGAGGAAACGACAGAAAGAGGAAGAGCAGGCGGGGAAGACCAAACUGACCGGUAAACAGCUGUUUGAGACGGAUCACAACCUGGACACAUCAGACAUCCAGUUCCUCGAAGACGGUGGAAACAAUGUGGAAGUGGACGAGUCUCUGUUCCAGGAGAUCGAGGACUUGGACCUGGAUGAGGACGACCCAGACUUUGACCCUUUAGAGAUGGGCAGCGAUGAGGACUAAACCUGGAUCAGAACUUUGGAUUGACAGGGACCGUACAGGAAUCUGAAUCAUUACGAUAAUUCCGCGGCUGCUUUUAUUUUGAAAAGACUCUGACAGCUGCUGGAGAGAGAAUCUGCAGAAACACACACAAACAAACACACACACACACACACACACACACACACACACACACACACACACACACACACACACACACAAACACACAAACACACAGUUCAUUUGUUCCCCUCCAGAAUAAAAUGUACCUGCUCCAUGUCUGACCUGGCUCUGCUCUAUGUGACCAGCAGGGGGCAGUGUCACCACAGAGGCAUUCAGAUAAUAAGAUCCCAAUAAACAGGUGUGUCUCUGAUGAAUCUAAAGUGAACUUACUGCAUUCAGACUCUUUCUAUGAACACCAGGAAGAUUUCAGAAAAAUGUAAAAUGUAGAAUCUCUAAAUGUGGAAAUAAAACUUUUUUUAACAGGA